GUUACCAGGAAGUGCAGGACGCCAGAAAGAGACUCUUCCCAACUCUUUCUAACCUUAAAUUGCAAUUUCCUGUCGUAGCCUUUACAGAAACAGGAUUCUGUUAUCGCGGUCACACAAGUUGCUUCUGUUGCCAGGGUAACGGCGUUCUCAGCACAGUCCACAGCCAGCUCGUUUAAAUGUGACGGCAGGAUUUGCCCAGCUAGCUUGUGCUGCUAACGCAAGUUAACAAACAAGAAGAGCGACGAUGCCUCCUGCCAGCAGCAGUUAUUAACCUUGUCGUCCCACGGACUGAACGACUUUUUCGCAGAUGAUCGAUAUGACUAACACUGUGUUGCAAGUCGGUACCGGUGUUGUUGUCAUUGUGAUCGUUUGGAUCGCAGCUCUUGUGGUCGGGACCAUUCUGCUGAGAGCCGAUGGAUCGGGAAAGUUAGGAGUCAUCCCCACUACCCUCCUGGCUCUCAUCAUCACUCUGGUGCUGGUGUUCUUUCCUCGGAGCCCAGAGACGCCUCUUCCUUUCAAAGAGAUAGAGAUAGUCGACACCUUCUUCAUUGGCCGCUACGUUCUCCUGGCUGUGGUGGGGACAGUUUUCCUGGUGGCGUUCUUCAUGCUACUGCCCUUGCACUUCCUGGAGCCGGUGCAUGCUAAGGCUUUAAGGACAUACUAGGAGGCCAGCGUCAUUGGUGGCAGCAGGGUCACAUCCCCCCCAAGAUACAGGACCCAGGGAAAACAGGGCUGAGGGGGAAGAAAAAGAAUCUCUCCUUGUUGUGAAGGACAGAACUAGAGACUGACACUGCUCUGAAAAUGAAUGAGGAGAGCCAGCAGUCUCUCAAUGAACUUCUGAAAUUUCUUACAUCUCUUUUUUUUUACUUGUAAGUAGCAGUGCUUGUCACAAAUGUAAAUUUUGAAUCGUUUUUUCUCUUAACUUCUAGAGCCAGUUUUCAUCUUCUCUAGAUAAACUAAGAGGUGCUGAGUGUUUAUGUUCUGUUUCUUCUCAGUGUAGAUGGGUGAAGUCCUUCCCUGUCACACUGGUUCCUUUUUGCCAUGUCUGUUGUUUAUCAAACAUUAACAAAAUAGUAACAGAAAGAUGCGAAUCGCAUUUUGUGGAACCUUAGGUCUUGAAGCACAGCGCCUGUUUAAAGUAUUCACCCUCUUUAAUGUUUAGUCUUUUAUUUCUUUUACAAUGAUAAAUAAAAUGUGACCUUUCUGACAAGAAAGUUUACAAAAACAUCUCCAAUGCCAAAGUAAAACCUGAUUUCUACAAAUUAAUGACAGCUAAGUAAAAAUAUGUCAUAAAAUUUCACAAAGUUUCAAAGUGGCCUGGCCAUUGCGUUCCUAUGCAGCUCUGCUCGAUUCUCAUCUCCCCUCUGUGCUCUGUCUGGGAUUUCUCCCAUUGAGCUAGAAUUCUCUGGUUGAAUUUCAGUUGGACCAAUCAGGGAACAAGAAGGAGUUGUGAACAAUGAGGUAAAUUUUCUGUGCUGUUUUAGAAGUGUUGUCUGCCUGUAGAAGGUUGUAGUUUGGCAACAGCAGUGGAGGAAGUGAAUGAAGCCACUUAGUCAUGUGUUGACCAUGCUUCAACAGAGCCCACACCUCCAGCAAUCGAUCGUUUCUCAAUAGCCGAGGGUCCAGACUCUGUACGAAGCGAGCGUAGAACAAGGGGCUGUUUUUUUUUUUUUUUUUUUUUUUUUACCAGGUUAGUUUCAGAGAAGAGGACAAGUGGUUUUCAUUUUCUUGCUGUGCAUGCUAAGAGCUAGUUGAGUACUGCGGCCUGAAUGCUCAGAGUUUCUGUGCUUUGAUGAAACGGGUGAGUUUUCCAACGAGUGACCUGUCAAAGCUGGGCCCAGUCUUAACAUCUGUCUGGCAUGUUACAAUAAUUACAUCUCCAAGAUCACAUCAGCUUGAUCUGAAAGCUAUAUCAUGAGCAUUUCAGUUUGACACAUUGAAAUCUUUAUCUAUGGUUGCUGACAUUUUAGAGUGCGGUACUUCAUGCUCCAUGACAACGAUCAGCAAUGUGAAACAGCUGCUAAGCAGAAAGUGUUUCAGAGCCUUGUGAAAGUAUGGAACCUUUCCACAGGUACUAUGUAAUUUAUUAGGAUUUUUUUGCUAGACCAGCAAAAAGAAGUGAGUCCUUGUGAAGUGGAAGGAAAAUAAAGCGUAGUUACUUGUCUACCUCUGAAUAAAAUCCAGUGCAGGCAGUGUAUUAUGUGUUUCAAAUUGGAAAACGACACAUUUCAAUUCAGUGUUGAUAUCCGAUGUGUUAUGAUAAAAUGAACUCAUUUAACAUGGAUAAAAAAUAAUCAAACUUUUGCUUUGAGCUCUAUUUACUGAGUUAUUUAAAAGUUUUUCAUGCAAAAUGUUGAAUAGAAUAAAUAAAGCACAUUGGCCUUA